AUGGUUACUAAGAAAGAGAUGGAAAAAUGGAACAGUCGGACUGAAGAACUUGAUAGACAAAGUCGAAAAACUGGAGAUAAGUCGAAAUCUGGUUCUGCAUCUGCUCAUCCUGCGACAACACCCAGGACGCCACCACGAUCGUAUUUAGCAUCCGAACUUGGAGGAGCAGCUUCAACGGCAAAACCGGCACUGUCUAAUACACGACGAGCGGAGGGGGAUGAAGAAGCAGGUAGAGGGACAAGUGUCUGGGCAAACAAUAAUGAACGUAAAGGAGGAGACGAUGGAAAAUCUGAAAGACGGUCACAUCGUAGAGAUGAAGGACCAGCUAGCUCGAGUCAUAGGAGCAGAGGAGAUAACGGAGGAGCUGAGCAACCACACCGUAGAGAUAAAGAAUCGGCCAAAUCGAAUCAUGGGAGCAAACGAGGUGAUAGAGAAUCUGAGAGACAACCACCUCGUGCAGAAUCACCAAUAUCGAGUCAUAAUGAUAGGGAACAUGAUAGAAGAUCUGAAAGGAAUUAUGGGAGCAAACGAGGUGAAGGAUCAAUGAAAUCAAGUCAUAGUAAACGACAUGAUGGAGAAUCUGAGAGGCAAUCACCUCGUGCAGAAUCACCAAUACCGAGUCAUGAUGACAGGGAAUAUGAUAGAAGAUCUGAAAGGAAUCAUGGGAGCAAACGAGGUGAAGGAUCAAUGAAAUCAAGUCACAGUAAACGACAUGAUGGAGAAUCUCAGGAGCAAUCACUUCGUGCAGCAUCACCAAUACCGAGUCGUAAGAGCAUGGGAGAUAGGGGAAGCACUCGAGAGCAACCACAACAUGGAGGUGAAGAUGGAAAUGAUGAAAGUAGUGAUGGAGGUGAUGGUGGAAGGCCUCACGAAUCAGGAUCGAGACAUGCUGAUGAACCUCGAGAAUCAAAUUCCUAUGCAGGUUCAAGAGGGGGUGGCGAGGGAUGUCCAGGCUCGACGCGGACUAAAGAGGAAGAACGCCGAGUAUGGACAAGGAAAAGGGAAAAGCCUUCAAAAUCGGAUAAGGCUUCUAAAGUUGUUCUUGGAUAUACAAGACCGAGGGUCAGAUCGUCAACCUCGAAGAGUGAUGCAAAAGAUGAUGAUAGGAGUAAAAAGGGAAGUUCAAGAGGUGAUAAUGAAAGUCAUAAGGGAAGUGGUGGAGGUAGUCAAAGAGGUGAUGGGGGAAGUCGGAAGGGAGAUGAUGGUGGAAGUCGGAAGAGAGGUGAUGGUGGAAGUCGGGAGGGAGAUGGCAAUGGAAGUCGAAAGGGAGACGAUGAUGGAAGUCGGAAGGCAGGUGAAGAAAGUGGUGAAAUGGAUGGUGGAAGAGAUGGCGGAACCUCUUCACAAUCAGCAAAAUCAGGGAAACGUAGUAUAAAACCUCCAGAGUCAACACGUGGUGGUGGAAGUAUCAAGGGCGCAGCGGGUGACGGAAAAAGUCAAAAGAAAGAUAGAAAAGGCGACGACGAACAGACGGUAGUCUCAGAUAGACAAAGUAGUGAGAGGGGACAUGGUAGAAAAGUUACCUUUUCGAAUGCAGAUGAAAAGCAAACCCAAGAACUUGAAGACAUUUCGGAAGGCUCCAGCGAUGGUGAGAGACCGCAUUACCCAGAAGAUGUUAGAAGAAAAUCUGGGACGAAGGAAGAAAAAAUCAUGCCCGGGAUGAAAGAAUUUGCGGAGAUUUUCAAAGACUCUAAAAAAAAGCAGACGAUUCCCAAAAGCAAUGCAAAAGAAGACAAAUGGUACGUACAGCCAGAUGGGGAAGUGCGAAGGCCAAGUAAGGUUAUUCGGGACGCUAGAUUUAGGAUGAACCCUGAGACGCGAGAAGCACGCAUUAAGAGAGGUGAAGAUUGCGGCUACUAA